GUGACUAGCACCAGCCUCGCAGACUGAGCCGCCUCGUCGACCUGCACCGCCCCAUCCAUUCGAGCCAAAUCGCGAGCCGUCCGUCCUCUCGGUCUUCCUCGUCUUCGCUCCUCGAGCCGCCGCCGCCACACAUGCACCAAGAAGCGCACAAGACUCGCUGGCUCGUCCUGCACGGCCCGCUCAUCUUCCCUGCUCGCCUCGCCGUUAUCCUCAAGGACAUCGUGCCCGUCGCGUCCAGCACCGUCCAGGUCCACGACGCCUUCCUCUCGUUCGACGUCCCCGGCGUCCCUUUCCUCGAGCCCGCCCACGCCAACGUCCUCGUCAAGGGCUUCAACGACGACGGCGAGUGGUCGAGCAAGACGGACGGAGAGAAGGGGCUGGACCGCGAGGGCGAGGCGUACAAGCGCUGGGUGUGGGCUCGCUGCUCGCCCGGCGUCGACUUUGCCGGAUCGCUCCCGCGAGAGCUGGAGGGCGUCGCCUACGAGCUGGCUGAGGACGACGUCGAGACCGUCGUCAGCCGCGCCCUCAAGUUCCUCCCGAGCAGCGUCCCGACCGUUCUCGUCCCCGUUCGCGCGUCCAGGUUCGAGCUCGGCGACGUGACACGCUCUCUCGGCGAGGUGUCGGCCGACAUUAUCGUCGCUCAGCCCGAGACGCCAACAGCUGGCCUGCAGCCCUCUCGCGACUACCACAUGCUCAUCCUUCGCGGCGCCUUCCUCAACGUCCUGUCGCAGCCGUACCUCGCCCAGCUCACCAUCCUGCGGCCGAUGGACCUCUCGCCGCCAGCCAAAGCCCGCACGGCCCGCCUGUACCGCCUCCUCCUCGUUCCCUCGUUCCUCCUCUUCUACCUCCCGAGUCGGAUUCUCGGCCCAGUGUGGGCGCAACUCGGUGCGUUGCUGUUUGGGCGGGGCGCGCCGGCGCUCAGGGCGCUCGAGCGGCUGUCGAGGGGCACGGCGGGGAGCGGGUACUGGAACGACUUGGCCAAGUAGAGGCUCUUGUGUAGACUGCCAUCACGAACUUUAUCAGUGC